GCCCGGCAUGUUUGUCCAGGUGUCUGCCUCUUCCAUAAAGGAUGGGGAUCGCUGGACCCGACACAUUCAGCAAUCACUGCAGCAAAGCAAAAAAAAUGACACAACCUGCUUAUUUGGUUGUUUUGUGUGUCGGAUUAAUGUGUCCUCUUGUAACUGGAAUUUUCAUGGACAAGCUUGCUAGCAAGAAGCUGUGUGCUGAUGACAACUGUGUCUACACCAUUUCCCUUGCCAGAGCAGAAGAGGAUUACAACGCUCCAGACUGCAGAUUCAUUAAUAUUAAAAAAGGGCAGUUGAUUUAUGUUUACUCAAAACUAGUGAAAGAAAAAGACUCUGGAGAAUUCUGGGCUGGAAGUGUUUAUGGAGAGCAGUAUGAAGACCAUAUGGGGACAGUUGGUUAUUUCCCUAGCAGUUUAGUCUCAGAACAACACGUCUAUCAAGAAGCAAAUAAGACUGUUCCUACAACGGACAUCGAUUUCUUCUGCGAAUAAUGCUGGAAGCAGCCAGGUAAUCUCUUGGCUGCUACUCGGGAAAGCUGGCAGGAGGAAACCUGGACACCCUCCCUCGACACACAGCCUUGUCUGUAAUGGGCGUUUGUGAAACAAGUCAUCUGUCUUCACAUCAAUAAAGUUUUCAUUUAAAGGGAGUGAUUUGCGAUGGGGAAAUAGUCCCACGCAAGAUUUGUUUUUAGACAUUUUUUACCUGUGUGUACUUCAUUACUUGGUAAUAAAGCUAAUAGCCUUUGAAUUGCUUUAA